CUUACAUCAAAAUUAGUUAAAGUGAUUAAAUCAUCAAACCUGUUACUUCCAUAUACAAUUCGGUUAACUACAUUUUCUUGCCGAAUUUAUCGACCGGAGGCAUCAAAUCGCUUUCUGCGACACAGGAACACAAGUCUUACGCCUAAGGUCGUCACGAGUCUUCCGGUUUCGGAGGCUUCCUUUCGCCAGCUGCUUGGUUGCAUAAUCGCCAGAGAUGCCGUCGCUGGUCCACCUGCUGCUCCUGUCGCUGUUUUUGGCGGCCAUGCCAGCUCUGGGUCGCAAGGUGAAGCGGAAGGAGGCGCACUACCACCACCUUGUCAACGUGCCGCCACCGCCGCCUCCCCCGCCGGCGCCGAAGGGACAGGGUCCGGUGUCCCAGCAAACGGCGGUGGUCGAGCACGAGGUGCCGCCCUACACCUACGAGGCCAUCAACCACGACGAGUUCGAGCCCGCCAAGGUGAAGCUAUCGCACGCCGACUACGUGGUGCACACCGUGCACGGCGGAGGCGGAUCAGGAGGCUACUUGGCCGACAACGGACUGCGCAGCAUUGCCAAGGGAUCGGCGGACCAGGCCCUGUCCGCGGUGGCCAGCCAAAAUGCGGCGGGGAAGCAGGCCUCCUAUGUGGCCAAGAGCACCUUGGCCCAGGCGGCUGCUCAGGCAGCGGGCACAGCAGUGGCCGUGCUGAAGGGCAAGGAGGUGCUGCUCCACCGCCUCGAGGAUCAGAGUGUGGAGGCCCACAAGGCGAUGGAGAACGAGCUGACCCAGUUGCAGCAGGCCAAGAGGUCGGCGAAGGCGGCCCAGUACGCCGCCCAGCAGGCCAUCAACCACGUCAGCGUCCUGACCGCUGCUCUCAACAACGCCCAAUCCGCCUCUGAAUUGGCACAGAAGGCGGCCUCCGAGGCGGCUGCCGAACUGGCCUCCCAGAUAGAUAUGGUGGCCCAGGCCAAGACCAAGCUGGAGCACGCCGAAUCGCAAGCCUAUGCGGCUCGCUUGGACUACGAGGAGACGCGGGAUGCGGCGGAGAAGGCCACUUUGUCGGCCCAGGAGGCCCAUCUGAAUGCGAACGAUGCAGCUCUGCAUGCCAACGUAGAGCUCGCCGAUUCGGUUCACAUCCACGAGAAGAGCGACCGGAAUGUGAGGGAACCACCGCGGAACCACCGACAUCCAUGAGGCAC